AUGGAGAUGAAGAAUCAUACAGUGGUAACUGAGUUCAUCCUUCUAGGAAUCCCCCACACAGAGGGGAUGGAGAUUGAACUCUUCUUUGUGUUCUUAUCUUUCUACAUUUUUACCUUGCUAGGGAACCUAACCAUUCUGUUGGCCAUAAUUUCUUCCUCUCGUCUCCACACCCCCAUGUAUUUCUUCCUGUGCAAGUUGUCUAUUUUUGACAUAUUUUUCCCUUCAGUGAGUUCUCCCAAAAUGCUAUUCUUCCUUUCUGGGAAUAGUCAUGCCAUAUCUUAUGGAGGCUGUGUAUGCCAACUCUUUUUCUAUCAUUUUCUUGGCUGCACUGAGUGUUUUCUAUACACCGUGAUGGCCUAUGACCGCUUUGUUGCCAUCUGUUACCCUCUUCGGUACACAGUAAUCAUGAGCCAUAAGAUAUGUGCUAUGUUGGCCACGGGGACUUCAUUUUUUGGCUGUAUUCAGGCAACCUUCCUAACUGCCCUCACCUUCCAGUUGCCCUACUGUGGUCCCAAUAGGGUAGAAUACUUCUUCUGUGAUAUCCCAGUGAUGCUGAAGCUAGCCUGUGCAGAUACCUCAGCCCUGGAGAUGGUGGGUUUCAUAAGUGUGGGCCUCAUGCCCUUCAGUUGCUUCCUUCUUAUCCUUACUUCUUAUAGUCGCAUUGUUUGCUCCAUCUUGAAGAUACGCUCAGCUGAGGGCAGACGUAGAGCCUUCUCCACUUGCAGUGCCCACCUCACAGCCAUCCUCUUAUUUUAUAUGCCUGUGGUCCUCAUCUACCUACAGCCUACCCCCAAUCCUUGGCUGAAUGCCACUGUUCAGAUCCUGAAUAAUUUGGUCACCCCUAUGCUGAACCCUUUGAUCUAUAGUUUGAGGAACAAGGAGGUAAAAUCAUCCCUAAAGAAGGUACUACAGCAGGUUGGGUUCCUUCCAGAUCAGUGA